AUGCCUGAAGCCUACACCAGUGUCCUUCUUGCCAGUCCUCGCGGGAAUAGCCCCAGCUGGCCUCCGAUGGGAGGCUGCCUUCCUGGCCAGGCCAGGAAGGCACAAAGGCAUGAUAGGCAUAUCCUGCACUACACCACAACAAUAGCAGCGCCUCCAAGCAGACUCAAAUCCAACCACCCCUACAACAAGGCAGCGCAAGAGAUGCUCAAUUCCACCUCUGAGGACAUCUCCAGAGAUGCUUGAUUUGUAGCAGCUUGGAAGCAGGAGUGGCAGUCAGCUGGGCCUUCAUGCAUCCAUCAUUACAUUCAGGACCCAGGAGGUGGCGCCAUAGGAGGAGACAACCUUCCAUGCUGGCAAUGGUCAACACUGAACCGCUUAAGAACUGGGGUUGGUCGCUUUAAAACAUCAAUGAAGAAGUCUGGCCUGGUGGACAGUGCAGCUUAUGAGUGCGGUGACCCUGAGUGGACUGCCGAUCAUACAAUCAGCACCUAUCCCUUGUACAGACCACCUUCAGAAGCCUAG